CGGAAAAUGAAGCAGUAGACAAUUUUGUUUUAAAAAUCAAAAUAAAGCAGAUUGUAAAGGAAAUUAAUUCUUUUGUGCAUUUAAUAAAAAUAAUAGUGUCAGUAAUAUGCCAGCAGUGAUAAUCAAAAGUCCAAAUUCACUUAAUGAAUAUAUGAUGCUGGAAGUGCAAGGAGAUUUAGAAAGUAGAAAUGAAUCAGUGAAUGCUGGAGGAAAUUUUGUCGGAGAUUUAAUUUAUAACAAGUAUGGACAUCCAGUAUUAAUAAUUGGUCAUCAUAUUCUCUUUGGAAAAGAAAUCAAACUUGAAAAGCCAUUGGCUGUGAUACAAAAGAUUCCAAAACAAUUAAAUAAUGAUGACGAGGAAGAAGAAGAAGAAAUAAGGUUUGAUGAAACGAUCAUAAAUGACACUCAACCAAACGUAUCUCUUUCAAUACUCGACACAACAGUCAAUGUUGAGAAUAGAUCCAAGCCACUAGUUGAAUAUAAAGUUCUAGCAUUAAUUAAGAAAAAGCUUUUGUUCAAUCAACGUCCACGUCCUAUAAUCUCAAAUGUACCAAAAACCAAUUAACUUAUAA